CAACAUGGCAACAACACACGUCGACGUACCUAGUGGUGUCGAGCACAUCGUUCCGGCGUUCAAUCGCGAGGAAGGGCAGCAGCUCCGCAGCCGACUGGAAGAUAUCGAGGUGUGUGGUUUUUGUGUCAGCCUUACAAUAUCGCGACUCGGUGAUGCGAACAUUGCAGACUUCGAAUCAGUCUCUGAUACAGCAAUUGGCUCAGCUGCAAGCGGGCUACAGCGACUUGCAGGGCAAGCACGCCAGACUAGAAGCCGAGGUUGCGCGCAUUCGUGACCGAAUGCGAGGCUCUGAGCCUUCUGUCAGUCUUGGCCAGUAUUCAUACAAGGAUGCUCGUGGCAUUGUAGUUCUUUGCGACGAAACCACACCUCGCAAGUUCAUACAAGAGACCAAAAAGUAUCACCGAAAGAAGAACGUCAUAGUAGUAAUUGGCGACGAGACUCACUGGCUGGAAUUUCCUGACGUGGGAUUCUCCGUGAAACCUGAUCGUCGACUCAGCAAGAAAGGUCAAUGGCAAGAAGGCAACCGACAGCUCUUGCGCCGUAAUCCCAAGAUCGAACUCAUCGCUCGUGCGGAAGGCAGCUGGCUCUACCUCGGGACGUACGCAGUCACGGCAAAGGACGCGCUAUCUUUGGAGGAUUCGAGGGCGUUGCCGAAUAAGACCCGCGGAGCUCUCCUGUCUCAGUCUGGCCACAAGAGCCACCGCAAACAGCUUCACGCCAUUUUCGAGGCUGGAGAGCUGAGCGCUACGAAGUUCACUCUGAGACGAGUGUCAUUCAACGACGCUCUGGUCGUCAGUCUCGUGAACGCGCUGCAAGCCUUGCACCCUCCGGCGGAGCUCGAGGCUGGAGAAAGCGAUUCGUCAGGUGAUGGCGAGUGACGCAGACGGUUCAAGAUUCGUACAUGCUUCUGGUGUAAUGAUUGAGUUCAGGGUAAUGUCUGCGCUUUCGCUCCGCCGAUAGGAGUACAUGAGGUGUGAUCAUCCCGUGACGAAGACGGCCUGCAGGCGCCACUUUGGCUCGAGAUCGGGCUAUGUUAGGCAAGACACCUUGCUUGUAAUGAAUGCGGU